AUGGUUUCGGAUGAUAAAUUCGAAGAACAGGCAGCACGCCACGGUGGGAUCAUCAAGAAUGGAAGGGAAAUCUUAUUCCAGGCUUUUAACUGGGAAUCCAAUAAGCAUAACUGGUGGAGUAAUUUGGAGGAGAAAGUUACUAAUCUUGCAGAAUCUGGGUUUACGUCAGUGUGGCUUCCUCCACCAACACAGUCAUUAUCUCGAGAAGGCUAUCUACCACAGAACCUGUACUGCCUUGACUCAUGCUAUGGUUCCCUCCAUGAGCUAAAAUUGUUGCUUCAUAAAAUGAGCGAACACAAUGUAAGGGCUAUGGCAGAUGUUGUUAUCAACCAUCGAAUUGGGACUACUCAAGGAUCCAAUGGCAUGUAUAAUCGUUAUGAUGGCAUCCCAAUAUCAUGGGAUGAACAUGCUGUUACAUCUUGUUCUGGUGGGAAGGGAAACAAGAGCACUGGGGAUAACUUUGAUGGGGUUCCCAACAUAGAUCAUACACAACCAUUUGUACGCAAAGAUAUUAUCGAAUGGUUGAUCUGGCUUCGAAAUUCUAUUGGUUUUCAAGAUUUUCGCUUUGAUUUCACGAAAGGUUACGCAGCCAAGUUCGUGAAAGAAUACAUUGAGGAAUCAAAACCUCUUUUUGCAGUUGGGGAAUACUGGGAUAGCUGUGAAUAUAGCCCCCCUGACUACCGACUGAACUAUAAUCAAGAUAGCCAUAGGCAGAAAAUUAUUAAUUGGAUAGAUAACACUGGAGGACUUUGUGCAGCAUUUGAUUUCACGACAAAGGGUAUUCUUCAGGAAGCUGUCAAAGGAGAGUUGUGGCGUUUGCGAGACCCAGAAGGAAAACCACCUGGUGUGAUGGGAUGGUGGCCUUCAAGAUCAGUUACAUUUAUUGAAAAUCAUGACACUGGGUCCACUCAGGGAUAUGCUUAUAUACUCACCCACCCUGGCAUCCCCACGGUGUUCUAUGAUCACUUCUAUGACCAGGGAGUGCCUCUCCAUGACGAAAUUGCUAAACUGAUGCAAAUCAGAAAAUGCCAAGACAUACAUAGCCGUUCAUCAAUCAAAAUUCUGGAGGUUAGAUCAGAUCUGUACUCAGCAAUCAUCGACGAUAAGUUGUGCAUGAAGAUCGGGGACGGCUCGUGGUGCCCAGGCGAUCCAGAGUGGAGGCUGGCAGUCUCUGGCGACAGAUAUGCUGUAUGGCACAAGUGA